AUGACACGAACGUCUCCCAACUCCUUCCAACAGCUGGAAAAGCUCGGCGAAGGCACCUACGCCACGGUCUUCAAAGGCCGCAAUACCAAAACUGGUGAGCUCGUCGCACUCAAAGAAAUCGCCCUCGACACAGAAGAAGGCACACCCUCGACGGCGAUCCGCGAAAUUUCCCUAAUGAAAGAACUCCACCACGAGAACAUCCUCCGCCUCCACGAUGUCAUCCAUGCUGAGAACAAGCUCAUGCUCGUCUUCGAAUACAUGGACAAAGAUCUGAAACGCUACAUGGACACCAACGGCGGCCAGCUCAAACCCUCCGUCAUCAAAUCCUUCUCAUUCCAACUCCUCCGCGGCGUCGCCUUCUGCCACGAAAACCGCAUCCUCCACCGCGACCUCAAGCCCCAGAAUCUUCUCGUUAACAACAAGGGGCAACUAAAACUCGCAGACUUCGGUCUCGCCCGCGCAUUCGGUAUCCCGGUGAACACCUUCUCCAAUGAAGUAGUUACGCUGUGGUACCGCGCGCCAGACGUGUUACUAGGGAGUCGAAGCUACAGCACAAGUAUCGACAUAUGGUCCAUUGGAUGUAUCAUCGCAGAGAUGUCUAUGGGCCGGUCAUUGUUCCCCGGAUCAAAUAACGAGGACCAACUGCAGAAGAUUUUUAAGGUCAUGGGAACCCCAUGUGAGACGUCGUGGCCUGGUGUGUCUAGGUUCCCUGAGUAUCGGGCGGAUUUCCCCCUGUAUGUGGAGCAGGACUUGUGGGCACUGAUGCCUAGGAUGGAAGAAGAUGGAAUGGCCCUCGUGAGGGAAAUGUUGAGGUUGAAGCCUGAGAGGAGGGUUAGUGCUGCAGACGCGUUGAGACAUUCUUGGUUUACUGAUGGUCGGUUUUAUGCCGAGGAGGGUGAUCCCCACAAUUAUCUCUUGUCAGGAUGA